AUUCAAGUCAACGCUACUUUCUCAACUCAGUUUGCCCGCCAAUCCACAGUUGAUACUGCUUUCCCUCUCUUUUCGACUGUCUGGUCCUCUUUUCAGAUCGAACUUGAACGGCCUUUCUGCUAUUGUGAUCUGUCGUCUGUUAGUGCCUUUAGCUUCCGAGUGAGACACUAACAGUAGCCCUUUCCCAUUCAGCUGAUCCGAAGCGAUCCGACUGUCCUGAGCAGAACGGUUGUCUUUCAGACUUCUGGGGCCCAACCCAUUUCGCGAGUGUUCACCCAUCAGCUCACUGUUCGUGUGUUGACUGAAGCUAAAAGUGUACUUUUCUUUAAGUUAAGAAGGGAUUUACGACUGUCGUACAAGCGGACAGCCGUUCGAUCUCGGUAAACUUUUCGAGAAAUCAAACAUCAGCUGAAUUUGACUCGACCGGAAUCCCUCAGGACGUAUUAGUUGCCUUCGUUCGUAUUCGUCGCGAACUUCUUUCAAUCUCGCGUGACAGCUUACGCUGACCAGCGGCCGAUAACCACUUGUGACUUGUAAAGCCGUACGAAAAAGUGAAAGAAAUCAGAGUGCAGCAUACAAUAUUAUACUACGAGAGCUUCACUGUGGUUGGUAACUGCACGGUCGACAAAAGAAAAGUGAAUUCGUACGCAGUGACAAACCUUAACUUCAAAGUUCGUAGCUGGCUUAAGACUUGUUUGUAUUGGUGCGCUUGCAAUACAGAAGAGUUUAUUAAAAAAUUGUCAAAAUGUCACGGGAAAACGUAGCCGACUACACGCAAAUUCCGACGUUUGAGACAUCCGACCAAAAUGGAAAGGAUGCGAACGCGGAUGAUUCAGCGACGCAAGGGGCAGGCAACACCUGCCGGCGAUAUCAAAAGUUUUACCUAACUUGUAGGGAUUGCGUAAUUGUAGCGGUUGUAAUGGGAAUUGCGUUAGGCGCAAUCAUCGUCUCGCUAGUGCUGGGUCUGCCGGCCCUCGAGGCCAAACGCCGGGAGCUACUCAACGACACCCUAGUUGACCAGAUAGAGACGACUACGCAAAUGCAGUUGGACAACACCGCAAACGUAGCAGGGUCUUAGAAUGUUCCGUUCGAUUUCUUAUUUCACAGCAUCAACUUCACCAAAACUCUUUUUCCAUACAACACCCUUCAAAAUAAAUCGUUUCGUACACAUACCUUUUUGAAGUUCGAUUGAACUAGGAAAUAGGCAGUGUCCUUGUAUUGUGCUGAAACGUCUAGCAACACGACUGGCCUCUUUCGAAAGCUAAAAUCUGCGACCUCGAAAAAAAAAAACUUUUGCAGCUUUUUUACGGAAGUCGUGUACUUCUCGAUCUUAGCAGGAGUACACCAUUAAGCCGGUUUCCUUCCGCUUUUGGUGGGUUUUUUGAGAACUUUUAGUUUUUUUUAAGCAUUUUCAUACUAAUGACCCUCUAUUGAACCAAUCUACUUUCUUAGAUAAUUGACUGUGUUCGCUCUUGUGACCGCAGCUAUAUCGUUAGCAAUUGGACAGUGUUAUGGGGAUACAGCCAUAACAUCAAUAAUGAUAGACAACAUCAAAAGGUCAAUGGAAAAAUAUACAUAUUUAUAUAUAUACAUUAUGAUAGUAAAAGCUACAUCUAAUAUUAAUCCAUAAAAUAGUUGAUGCAUAUACACAUGCGAGUGAAGGUAUGAAGUGUGCCCUUAACGUGGCGUACGCUGCUGUAUGAGUGCGUGUCGUUUUUGUGUUGUGAUCAUAUAUACGCAUAUAUUUUAAUAUAAUAACGAUCGUGAAGAUGAAGAUGAAGAUGACAAUUCGAAAAAGACAGCAAAAUAGUUACCGAGUUCCGAAAAAUUUAGCUGCAAUACAAAAAAAGACGAAGUACAAACAAGAUAAGGCGAUCGAGACAGGGUGCUAACAAAAAGGCUGUAAACUAAAGUGAAAAUGAAAAUUCCAAUAAAUUGUCAAAUUAAAAACAUAUUAACAAAAAAAAAA